ACUUCCUCUCCGCGUUGACAGACAGUACAGUUGACUGUGACCGCCAUGCUGUCGCUGCUGCAGCUCAGCGGUCGUCACCUCCUCUCAGUCAGGACUGUUCAGUGCUUGAACACAGCUCGGGUUUACUCCGCACACAUGGCUGCUAACAAACGCGUGGCAGUGAUUUUGGCAGGCUGCGGGGUUUAUGACGGCAGUGAAAUUCACGAAGCCUCCGCUGUUUUGGUUCACCUGAGCAGAGGAGGAGCCAGUGUAAACAUGUUUGCCCCCAACAUCGAUCAGAUGCAUGUCAUCAACCAUCUUAAAGGAGAACCAUCUGAGGAGAAGAGGAACGUGUUGGUGGAGAGUGCAAGGUUGGCACGUGGAAACAUCCAGGACCUUUCCAAACUCGGUGUCAAGGACCAUGAUGCCAUUAUAGUCCCAGGGGGUUUCGGGGCAGCAAAGAACCUGUGUACCUGGGCAGUGCAGGGUAAAGACUGCUCAGUUAAUGACCAGGUUAAAGCCGCACUGCAGGCGUUUCACGGUGAAGGAAAACCCAUCGGUCUCUGCUGCAUCGCACCUGUCCUGGCUGCUAAAGUCUUUUCAGGAUGUGAGGUGACUGUGGGCAUUGAGAAUGACGAUAAGUACCCAAACACGACUGACACGGCAGCAGCCAUCAACUCUCUGGGCUGCAAACACAUGAGCACAGGUGUCGGUGAGAGCCACGUGGACGAGAAGAACAAGCUGGUAUCCACCAGUGCCUUCAUGUGUGACGCUCCCAUCCAUGAGAUCUUUGACGGGAUCGGAUCCAUGGUUCGGGCCGUGCUGAAACUUGCCUGAAAAUUACCGAAACUGCUUGUCUCUGCUCCAUACCGAUCUGAUGUUUAGGCGAUUAGCUGUCAUCUAGAUAAGAAGCACUUCCAGACAUACAGUAAAUAUGUUUGUACAGUAGUGGCGAUCUGCACUGCAUGGUCUAAUUUUUGUAGAAGUAUCUGCAAUGAAGGCUAUUGUCUCUGUGUUAUUUUCAUGAAAAUGUUUAGAGACAACAGAGAAUAAAAAUUUAAAUUGUA